GCUUCGUGCUUCGGAUUUCAAAGGGGGAACGCCGGUGUUGGUUGACACUCGUUACGCCAUUUUAGUUUUGGUUCUUCCAAGUGGGGAUUUUGAUUGGAGCCGUAAUGAGAUGGAGAUAGUGGAAGUAGUCGCUGAUCAGGUGGCUGUGGCUCUAUCUCACGCCACGGUUCUUGAAGAGUCUCAAUUAAUGAGGGAGAAACUAGAAAUUAGGAAUGGUUUGCUGCAGCAGGCUAAGGAGAAUGCUGUGAAGGCAACGCAGGCGAGGAAUUCAUUUCAGAAGGUAAUGAACAAUGGGAUGAGACGGCCAAUGCACUCAGUUUUGGGUUUGCUUUCCAUACUUCAAGACGAGAACUUUACAAGCUGUAACCAGAGGAUUAUUAUUGACACAAUGGUGAGAACAAGCACCGUUCUGUCCACUUUAAUAAAUGAUGCAAUGGAUAUAUCCGACAAAGAUGAAGGAAGAAUCUCAGUAGAAAUGAUGCCGUUUCAGCUGCAUUCACUGAUCAAAGAGGCUUCUUGUCUUGUUAAAUGCCUGUGUAUUUAUAAGGGCUUUGGCUUUUCUACGGAUUUUCCCAAUUCUUUGCCUAAUCUGGUGAUGGGUGAUGAAAAGAGAACGUUUCAGGUGUUACUUCAUAUGGUGGGGCAUCUGUUAAAUAUCAACUUUGGAAGUGGCUCCGUUGUAUUCAGGGUUGGAACUGAGGGUGGGAGUGAUAAGCUUUGGGGAGCAAGAAGACAUAGCAUAGUUGAUGAAUACAUUACCGUAAAAUUUGAAACUAAAGUUAGUCUUGAAAGUUCUCAAAGAGAGAGCUCAAUCUCAAGUAUUCACUUUGGUGGAAGGAGGUAUAACAGCAAAGAGUUAAAGGAGGGCUUGAGUUUCCGCAUAUGUAAAAAACUUGUUCAGAUGAUGCAGGGAAACGUAUAUAUGUCCUCAAAUUCUGAGGGCCAUGCUCAAGGGAUGACUCUUAUUCUCAGAUUUCUAAAACAGUCAUCAUUUAGAAAACAAAUGUUUGAUCUUGGAAAUCCUUUGGAGCGAGUGGUUUCCAGCGCAAUGUUCAAAGGCCUCCAAGUUCUACUUGCUGAUUACGACGACGUAAAUAGAAUGGUAACCAAAAAGCUGCUCGAAAAACUAGGUUGCCAAGUAAUUGCUGUGUCAACUGGUUUUCAGUGCCUAAGUGCAAUGGGCCAUUCAACAACUUCUAUCCAAGUUGUCAUUUUAGAUCUUCACAUGCCGGAAAUGGAUGGAUUUGAAGUGGCUAUGAGGGUACGCAAGUUCCACAGCCAUGGUUGGCCGUUGAUCAUAGCCUUAUCUGCUACUUCAGAGGAACAAGUUCGGGACCGAUGCCUACAGGUUGGGGUCAAUGGUCUCAUAAGAAAACCUGUUCUCUUGCAAGGAAUGGCCGAGGAACUUCAGAGAGUCCUACAAAGGGCUGGUGAAGGCUUUUGAGGUAAUACUAAUAGUGAUAACAAACUUGGAGUUGUCAAACUAUCACGAUCCACUAAGUGGCUGAGCCAAGAAUUAUAACUAGGAGAUAUAAUGCAAGAAUGUCACAGCAAGGAUUGAACUGAACAGUAUAUAGGAUUCAAAAAAUAUAAAUAUAUACAGAAAAAAAUGUUUUUCCCCUA